AUGGGAAAUUCAAAUAGGUCCUUAGGGGACAUGUUUGGUAACACUUCACCUGACUACUUGCGCUUUGAGUUUAGGGAUCUAGAAGUUGCUCUUGAGGUUGUUUGUAAAUUUCUAUUGGUGGUGAUGGAGCUGGUAACAGAAUUGGAGCUUCACGAGCACUUGUUGAAGAUCUUCAAUGUUCAGUUUGAAGAGCUUCAUCAAAGACAAUCUCAAUGGACCGCUCCUGACACAGAGCUUAGAGAAUCUCUCAGACUUGCAGUUGUUGAAGUCUUGUUGUCUGCAUACAGAUCUUUCAUUAAAUAUUUUGGGGCACUUGUUGAAAAUGGGAAGAAUCCCGAUAAGUACCUAAGGUAUUCAACAAAGGAUCUUGACCGGAUGCUUUGUGAAUUUUUUGAGGACUUGGUAGUGGAGUUCCAGUUUUUCAUACCAGGUAUGCAACAAACAUAUAAAUCUAUCAGUCUCCAUUGUCGUCUUCCUGUUCUUGACCCUGCUUAUAGAAGAUCAUCCUCAUUCGCCUUCAGAACACAUGGGGGCUGGAAAUCACAUGUCAAAUGGCAAUUCAACCCCCACUACUACACAUACACUACAACAUCAUUGGAGGGAUUGAAGGUGUCAGAUGCAGAUUUGGAGUUGUAUUUGCAUUGUAUGACCUGCAGCAAUAGUCCUCACAGGAUUUACAAGUUUUUAACAUUAUUUCAUGGAUUUUGUAUACUCUUGACAAGACUAGCUUGCUUACCCAUUGUUGCUAUUUACUUUUCUCAUAUCAUGGUUGGAGUAGCAGAGAUGAAAGUUGUUAUUGAAAGAACUGGUGGGCUUGUUGUUUUAGCUGAAAGUUUUGGACAUUCGAUUUUCAAGGAUUCAUUUAGACGUGUCUUUGAGAAGGGUGAAGAAUCUCUUGGUCUCUCUCAUAAUGGGGAACUUGAGAUUAACUGUUCAAAGGACAUUAAAAUUCAAGGGAUUAUUGGACCUUGCACAUCUUUGGAGAAGAAAGGUCCAGCUGUUGCAAGCAUAGUGAUUGGACAGGGGGAUACCACAGCUUGGAAGUUGAUGAUAGAUGCGGUUGGGGAGAUUAAUGUCUUUGACUUAAUGUCUAUUUCAGCCCUUAAUAGUACUUUGCCUUGA